AUGAAUGAAUAUCUUUGUACAUAUUGUUUCGUGACGAUAGGGCUGAUGCUUACGUACGAAGUGUUUGAAACUCGGUCUCACAUCACUGUUUCUUGCAGUCACUGUGGCGCCUCGCCCUUCAUAGGUACUCUCAAAUGAGCAAGUGGUAGAAGUUAAGCAGUCCGUAGAACGUCGUAAGUCUGAGACCGUGUCCAAGUUAGAAACGAAACUGACCGCCGCCGAACAAAAAAGGGAACAGGAAUUGAUGCGCAAACUGGAGAAAGCCAAAGAUUACG